AUGCGUGUUCUCAUUGUGGGUGGGGGAGGUUACAUUGGUUUCCACAUUGGUCUCGAACUGGCCUCACGCCAACAUGAAGUUACACUAUUUGAUCUGCAUCCCCCAAAUCCGGUCUGGUAUGACAAAUCCGAAACAUGCCCCCUUCCAUUUGUGACGGGGAGCAUUUUAUGUCUCCCCGAUUUGGAACAAGUUCUCUCCCUCUCUAAAGCAGAGGGUGUCAUCCAUUGUGCAGCGCAUGGAAUGUCCUCCAGAGAACAACUUCCAUCCGCUUCAUCGCUUACCGAGUCGAUCAAUAUUGAUGGAACAAGUCUACUCCUCAAGGUCUGCUCAGGACCAUCAUCUUCCGUCACGAGUUUAGUAUACACGUCAACUUUUAAUGUGGUUUUUGGCUGCGACGAGAUCAUCGGAGGUGACGAAAACCUUCCAUACUUCCCCCUUCAUCGACAUUGGGACAAUUACUCCAUCAGCAAAAGUGUGGCCGAGCGUCUGGUUCUUGCUUCGUCUGGAAAAAAUAAAAAGUUUCAUACGUGUUCUCUUCGCUUAGCGGGAGUGAUGGGAGUGGGAGAAACUCGUCACCUCCCACGAAUCGUAGCUUCUCUGCCCUUUCUCAAAUUCCGGUAUGGCAACGCUAAGGUACAAUUUGUGGGAAUAAAGAACGCUGUACAAGCUCAUGUAAAAGCGUUAGAAAAGUUGCACGAUGACCCUGAUGUGGUUGGAGGAGAGGCAUAUUUUAUCAGUGACGGGAAACCGAUUGAACAUUGGGAGUACUUCAGACCCUUAAUUGAAGGUUUAGGAUAUACAUAUCCCAAAUGGGUAUUGCCAGUUGGACUCAUGUGGAUUUUUGUACUUUUGGGACAAUUCUUUUUAAGAGUGUUUGGGGAAAUAUGGGGGGCUGGAAGAGGAUUAUUUCUGUCGCCGGCAGAACUGCUGAAAACGUCGGUGACACACUGGUUUUCGAUUGAUAAAGCAAAACAGCAUUUUGGUUAUGCACCAGAAGAUGUAAAUGAUUUAAGUGGUGUGCUACAUGAAUAUAGGAGAAAAAUGGGGCUGUCCCCACUCCUAAAAUUUAGGAAAAAUGAUACUUAA